AUGGAUCCAGAGACGCCAUCAAUCGACAUUCCCAAGAAAGCAGUGCGUGCCCUCAAAGUGCGUCUUCAAGUUGUCAAGAAGCAUUUAGAACCACUUUUAUCCAAGCCCAUCAACGAUGUCUUCAGCAAGCUAUCUGUGAAUCAACGCUAUGAAUUAGAAGUGUUGCUGUCAUAUAGUUUGAACAGUUUAUAUUACAUUUAUUUAAGAACACAAGGGUCAGAUCCUCAAAAACAUGAAGUGGUAAAUGAAUUGCUUCGUGUGCAGCAAUACAUCCAAAAGUUGAAAAAGGCACAAGGAAAAGAAGCUAAGCCAACAAUGCGAGUGGAUAAAGACGCUGCUGCUCGAUUCAUCAAGAACGCCAUCAACGAAGGUGCGAGCGAAAAUGAAAAGGCAACUGCUGACAAAAAGAGAAAAUUGGAGGAAACUGUAUUCAUUUCAUCAGAUGAAGAAGACGAACACUCAGCCAAGAAAGAUGCAUUUAGUAAUCACUCAAAAUCAUCAGAGCCUUCAAAAAAGAAAAAGAAGAACAAGAACCGAAAAGCAUAG